AUGAUUCAAAUUGCGUCACAGGCGUUUUACACAUUGGAUCAAAAGGAAGAGAGUCUGACAUUCCCUGAUGGCAUCAACGCGUUACGACUGCAAAUGCAGAACAGGUAUCCUUGGAACGUGGAACUGCCGACGAACAAACGAUGCGAUAAUCUCGAAUUGACCCCGAGUGGCCGCUCAGAUAUCGAUGUCGAACGUGAACGGCUCAUCUACGUGCUGAGAAAGUGUCUUCUGAACGAACUCGGCCCAGCAUUGGGUGCUGAGAAACUCGCCAAUAUCCUUCUCUCAAUCGCCUCCUUCAUCGAUCUCGCCGAAAAACGCCGAAACUAUCUUGAAGUCUGUGAUCUGAUGUCAACAUUGAAUUUGUCAUCGUUAGCCAAAGGAGUAUACCUGAAACAGUUUGACCUUUACAAUGUUGAUCUUUCCAACGCGCCCGUUAAGUUUAAAGUUGAUACUCGCUCUUCUGCUGGCACUGGUCCGUUGACUUUGAAAUUCAAGUCUGGUGGCUUCUUCAAUUUUUCCUACGCCAGCGUCGUUUCUCGUCUGCAGGCGGCAACCACCGCGGAAUCAGCAGCAGCGGGUCCGUCCACUACCAUCUGCUCCGGUACACCGUUACAGUCGUACACUUCCAGCCAUCCACCUCACGGCGGCCCCUCGUGA